UUUUUCGUCAUUCGUAAACGCCAGCACAUGCGUAGCUCCACCGUCCGUUCACUUUAGCCUAACACUAUUUCAUAACACUAAAAUGCACCGCUUCCCUUGCAUAAGGGCUUGACCGUCCUAUAAAAUUGCGGUUCUCUAUAUAUUCAUUUAAUUUAAAUCUUAACACAUCCCCACUGAAAACCCAAGGCCUAAAAAGAAUAAUUGUGUCAUCAUUUUAAAUCCUCGGAAAAUUCUCUUCGGGAGCGAGACAGAGACGGACAAAGAACAGCACCAGAGCAAAAUAUGCAACAGCCAAAAGACACACUGAGCAUCUCCACUAUAUGGAGGGGCAAGAAAUUCAUAGUGGAGACUAAUUCAGAUGCUACACUCAAAAAGUUUGGGCAUGAACUGCAGAAAUUGACGGGUGUCAAAGCAGACACUAUGCGGCUCAUUGUUCCACAGCCAUCCAAUAAAGGCUUGAAACUGCUAUCCCCUUUUUCUGAUGAACACAUGCACUUAAGCUUGCAAGAAACUUCCAUUCUUCAGGGAAAGUCUAUCAGAAUGAUGGGAGUAUCUGAACAUGAGGUUGAUGAAGUUCUAAAAAAUGCAAAAGUGGAUUUGAGGAUACCUGGAUUUGAAGAAGAGGAAAAGAGACUGAGGCAGCGAAUGUUUGAUAGGCCCCAUACUCCACAGAAACUUCCACAAGGAAAUUAUAUCUUUUGUGAUUUCCGAACACUUGAGCUCCCAGGAAUAGUGUUGAAUCCUCCAGCUUCAGAGGCAUUGAAAAGAAUGCAUAUGCUUGCUGCAGAUCCAGGAAUUGUUGCCAUCAUGAACAAGCAUCGAUGGCGGGUAGGAAUUAUGACUGAGAUGGCCCCAGUAGGAUAUGUUGGUGUGAGUCCCAAAUGCAUUCUUGGUGUCAACAAGAAUCACGGAGAGGAGAUUUCUCUGCGUCUUCGAACUGAUGACCUCAAGGGUUUCAGGAAAUAUGAGAGCAUUAAAAAAACUCUAUUGCAUGAACUGGCACAUAUGGUUUAUUCUGAACAUGAUGCAAACUUUUACGCUCUAGACAAGCAGCUUAACCAAGAAGCUGCUAGUUUAGAUUGGACGAAAUCAAGAAGCCACACUUUGAGUGGACACCAGCAUUCAGAACACUAUGAAGGGGAGUUCUAUUCUGGAGAUAGUAGCAUUUUUUCUCAAAAGCUUGGGGGGAAGAUGUCAGAUCAGCUGGAAAGUGCCCGUGCAUCUUCAGUGGCUGCUGCUUAUCUCCGUUUAGCAAAUGCUUCCACUAACAACACGGGAGUAGCUGAAUUACACGAAGAACCAGAUCCUGAUGAUUCUGAGUCCAAUAUGCAUGAAGAAUAUGAUGCUCUAUAUAAAAAAACACUUGAUAUCAACAAUCCAAACAGAGCUCAAUCGAAAGUGGAUGAUGAACCUGAUCCUGAUGACUUCUCUGACAAUCAAAGGAAGAUUGAGCCCUGUCCUCAUUAUGAGAGUGGCGGAUUCAUGGAAUCUGAACUCUAUUCUGGAAUUAAUGAAAGCAAAGUGAUUUUUGAACCUGAUCCCGAUGAUGUUGAGAUGCAACAGUUUGUGCCUCAUUCAAGAACCGAUGAAAAGUUGGCAAGCACUAAAACAAGCGAAGAACCUGAUCCUGAUGAUUUGGAAGUUUCUGUGAAGCAGCAUCUUGUGGUUGAGCCUGAACCUGAAAACUCUCAAUUGCUCAAGACUCUGGACAGCAAAGUUCAGAUGAUGAAGACCCUUGAUGAACCUGAUCCAGAUGAUUCUGAAGUAAAAAGGAAUGGUUUGGGAUGUGGAAAUAUUUCUAGACUUGAUCAUGGUAAUUCUUUGGUGAUGAAAACCAUGGAAGAUCAAUGCCCACAAAGAAAGGGUUAUAAAGAACCAGAUCCGGAUGAUUCUCAAGCAAAUGGAGUCAUGGCAGAACCUGAUCCAGAUGAUAAUUUGGUACACCCACUGGACACUUCCAUAAUGCACACUGAUGAGCCAGAUCCUGAUGAUGAAGAAUUGCAGAGAAUCCAAGACCCUGUUACUGUUGUUUGUAAUCGCCUGCAAAAGGCCAUUGAGAUGCUGCGAUCUGAAGUUAAUGCCACACAGGCUGCUAUAGUCCUGCAAACUCUGUUUAAGAUAAUUAGGAACUUGAUUGAACACCCAGAUGAGAUUAAAUUCAGAAGACUCCGAAAGGCCAAUCCGGCGUUUCAGAGGAACAUUGCGAAUUAUAAAGCUGCCAUGGAAGUACUCUUCUUGAUCGGUUUCAAUGAAGAUGUUGUGUCCAGUGAAAUCGGAAAGGUGGAAACCUACUUAGUAAUGAAGCGGAACGACCCAGGCUUGCUGUGGCUGGUCAAAUCCUCCCUGGAAACACGCAUGGCUCACUAGUCAUUCUGUUGGUGUAAUGCAAAGAACACUGGAAGGUACAUAAGACUAUAAUGGCAAAAGAUGGGUGAAAAACUGGUAUAUAGAAUGUUAAUAUUGUGAAUUUGUGAGAUUUCAAACAAAUAUUGUUUGUGACUGGGAACUGAAUUGAUGUGAAAUAAUAAUGUUGGAAACCAUA